UUUUCCUUCGUCGAGGCAUCUGAGAAGCGUCCUCCACGAUCUUUGCCUCUUUUUAUGCUCCCCGUUCGAUCACAUUCGCGCAGAGUGUUGGCUUCGCUUCGGGUUCGCAUGGCUUCCAGAGCAUCGAGCGCGAUGCUAUCGAGAGCCGGCAGGAUCAGGUCCAAGCUCCAAUCCUCGCUCGAAGCGAGCGUCUUGGACAUUGAGGACGUCUCGCACCAGCACGCCGGCCACGCCGCUGUCGUUGAGAGCGGCGCCGCAGAGACCCACUUCAACGUCAAGAUCGUGUCCUCCAAGUUCGAGGGGAAGAGCCUCGUGAGCCGCCACCGCUUGGUCUACGAUGCUCUCGCCGACGAGCUCCGGUCGGGGCUCCACGCGCUCUCCAUCGUGGCCAAGACGCCACAGGAAGUUGCCCCGAAGUAAAUUAUUAGGUACUGAUGUCAUUGUCUGUGAUGGGAUUGGUUGUUGGACUUGGAAUCUUGAAUUGUUAGAGAUUGGGAGCACGUUGGCUGUUUGACGAAUUGCCUGAACAGGACAUAACUUGCAAAUCCUCUUUAAAUGGUAUUGCAUUGUGAUUUAUAGGUUGAAUCGUCUGUUUUUGGCUGCUGUGACUUGUCUUUCAAGUCAAAUGCAUAGGUAAGCACUGUAUAAGCAGUGUACUUUGUGAAUGUGUAGUCCAUGUAUGCAUGAUUUUUAGCUAGCUUGAGUUCAUAAUGGUCCGAAUUCUCACAUGGGGGAAUACAGUUAAUGCAGCAGUCAAUUA